UCAUAUUUCAUUUUAUUUAUUUUUUGUUUUGCUACCUCACAAACCGAAUAAACGGGUAACGUUCGGUUGCUAGGCAACGGGAAAACAAGCUGAAAGAUGGCGGAGGACAAAGAAAGUGCAGAAAACGAAAACAUUUUGGCUAUUCACAGGAAAAUAACGGCCGCCUUUGAGCCGUUUGACUACGAGUCCAAAAACACGGUGGACGUUCGGGAGAUUGGCACCAUCAUGUAUUCUCUGGACUGCUUCCCCACUCAAGCAGACAUACGUGAAUUUAUAGCUGAGGUGGAAGAAAAUUCCUCUGGAACUGUACAUCUGGAUAGGUUCAUGCCAGCUAUGACCAAAGUCCUGUUGGAGAACAAGUUUCCUCCCAUCCCCAGGAGCAAAAUAUUUCAGGCAUUUAAGGUUCUCGACAAAGAGCAGAGAGGUUUCGUCGAACCCGAAGAGCUGACAAAGUUUAUGAUGGAGGAAGGUGAACCUUUCACUCAAGAGGAGAUGGACGAGAUGCUAACAGCACACACCAAUCGAAAGGAGAACGUCAUUUAUUAUGACAAGUUGAUCAACAAACUCACUGCUGACGCGCCCAAGUAGAAAGAGUCAGUGUGUUAGAAAAACUUAAGAAAUAACUAUUUAUCGCACUAUUUCAUUAAAUAAUAUUGUGCCUAUAAA